AGCACAUCCAGACACAUACGCAUGCCUCGCAACGGGCCAUUCGACCCACUUCGCCUUCCUCCCGUCCCCCUUCUCUUCUUCCGUGCGGGCACGUGAAAUACGUCUUGAAACACAGUGCAUCUCUCUUCGUCUCGACCAACGCGGUGAGGGGUACCAGCAGAGACGGUUCAAUUGCAACGUACUCCGUCAAACCGGAGAAGAGGCACCUGCUCGUAACAAAAGAACAAAAAAUGUCGGACACGAGUGCCGAGCCGGCGCCAUCGCCGACCACCACCACCACCCCUGUCGUCAUCUUGGUAGUGGGUAUGGCAGGCACCGGCAAAACCACCCUCGUCCACCGCAUGCAGCACUACGCCCACUCCCGCAACAUCCGUUCGUACUUUAUCAAUUUAGACCCCGCCGUGACGCAGACGCCGUACAACGUCAACAUCGACAUCCGCGACAGCGUGAAGUACAGCGAGGUGAUGAAGAACUACCGCCUCGGCCCAAACGGGGCCAUCAUGACGUCGCUGAACCUCUUCGCGACGAAGAUCCAUCAAGUCGUCUCCCUCCUCGAGAAGCGCAAGGACUCGCUGGACUGGAUCGUCGUGGACACGCCGGGCCAGAUUGAGGUGUUUACCUGGUCUGCCUCCGGUCAGCUCAUCGCAGAGUCCUUCGCCGCCGUGCUGCCGACGACGCUGCUCUUCGUCGCGGACACCGUGCGGUGCGUGAGCAGCCCGCACACCUUCGUCUCCACCAUGUUAUACUCGAGCGGUAUUAUGCUGAAGCAGCAGGUGCCGCUCGUGGUGGUCUUCAACAAGACGGACGUCGUGUCGGCCGACACGGUGAUUGGGUGGAUGCGGGAUAACGAUGCGCUGGAUGACGCCGUGACACAUCCGCAGAAGCAGCAGCAGCAGCUACGCUUAUCAGGCAAUGAGGAGCAACACGAAGGCGAUGACGAUGACCACGACAUCCGAGGAGAAGGCUCCCGGGUAGCGGCGGCAGUGUCGGCACAUGACGUGGUGCUCCCGAGUCAAGGGAGCAGCUACGCGGGUACACUGGCGCAGUCCAUGUCACUCUUCUUGCAUGAGUUCUACGAGGACUUACCCUACGCUGCGGUGUCGGCGGCGUCGGGGGCUGGCAUGGACGACUUGGCAGCUGCGAUUGAGCGAGGGAAGCAGCAGUCCAUGGAGGCGAUGCAAAGCGCAGAGGCCGCACGGGCGACGAAAGACGAAUGA